GGUGCAAAGCAUGCUGGGAAUAGGCCGGUUUUCCGGGUUCCUGUAGUCUGUGACAACACAGCGAUCAGAUAUGGUUGUUCUGAAGGGUAUACCGUCCGUGUUGUCCCCGGAGCUGCUGUACACACUGGCCCGCAUGGGGCACGGGGAUGAGAUCGUUCUUGCAGAUGCCAAUUUCCCAGUGUCCUCAAUAAGUCGUUCUGGACCAGAACUUAUUCGAGCAGAUGGUUUAGGAAUUCCUAGACUUUUGGAGGCCAUUUUGCAACUUUUCCCAAUGGAUACCUAUGUCCCUGAACCUGCAGCUGUAAUGGACCUUGUGGGCAGUGAUAAAGAAAAAGGCCUGAAAGUACCAGUGUGGGAUGAGUACAAGAGACUGCUGUGCAAAGCUGGAUGUGAGGCUCCCCUUGAAAAAGUGGAAAGAUUUUCUUUUUAUGAGAGAGCAAAAAAUGCAUUUGCUGUUGUGGCCACUGGAGAAACUGCUCUCUAUGGAAACCUUAUCUUAAAGAAAGGUGUUCUAAGCCCCAGCGAUCUGGUUUGAUGAUAAUCAUAGACAACAUUGUUCUUACGUCUAAAAAUAUCUGUAUGUGUAACCUUGAUUAAAUAUACACUAUACAAUUAUGAA